UAGAUCUAUCUAUUAUUCGAGACAGAAACAGACAUGGAAAGAUUACUUAGUCUAGGCGGUCGAGUGCAGGGCCUCGGACAGGGGAGCCCACCAACUGAUGCUCCAGUUGUAGACACAGCUGAACAAGUGUACAUCUCAUCCUUGGCUUUACUCAAGAUGUUGAAACAUGGGCGUGCUGGUGUACCGAUGGAAGUGAUGGGGCUGAUGCUGGGAGAGUUUGUUGAUGACUACACUGUUCGAGUUAUUGAUGUUUUCGCUAUGCCUCAGUCUGGAACGGGUGUGAGUGUCGAAGCUGUGGAUCCAGUGUUUCAAGCCAAAAUGUUGGAUAUGCUAAGACAGACUGGCAGGCCAGAAAUGGUGGUAGGCUGGUACCACUCUCAUCCUGGUUUUGGCUGCUGGUUGUCCGGUGUAGACAUAAACACACAACAGAGUUUUGAAGCCCUGUCGGAGAGAGCGGUAGCAGUUGUAGUGGAUCCUAUUCAGAGUGUGAAAGGCAAAGUUGUAAUUGAUGCUUUUCGGCUGAUCAACCCAAACAUGAUGGUAUUAGGCCAGGAACCAAGGCAGACAACUUCUAAUUUAGGUCAUCUCAAUAAACCGUCUAUACAGGCUCUUAUACAUGGCUUGAAUCGUCACUAUUAUUCCAUAGCUAUUAAUUACAGAAAAAAUGAACUGGAACAAAAGAUGUUGCUGAAUCUUCACAAAAAGAGUUGGGUGGAUGGACUUCAGCUUCAAGAUUAUUCUGACCACUGCUCACUGAAUGAAAAGACAGUGCAGGACAUGCUGGAUUUGGCCAAAAACUAUCACAAGGCUCUAGAGGAGGAAGAGACCAUGACUCCUGAACAGCUGGCCAUCAAGCAUGUGGGCAAGCAAGACCCAAAGAGGCAUUUAGAAGAGGAAGUGAAUGUGAUUAUGACCAAGAACAUUGUUCAAUGUUUGGGAGCCAUGCUGCACACUGUUAUCUUCAAGUGAUCUGUUUGUGUUUGUGAUGUAGACUGUUUUAGUGUUUGUUUGUUUUGAAGUUUGAGUAUAUUUGUUUAUCCUGCAGUGACUUUUUGAAAGAUUUAGUGAUAACUGAAAUGAGCUCUGAAGACUUGAAUUAUUUUAUUUAUAGUCAGGAGAGUAUUGAAAUGCUAGCUUCACUGCCUUGGUUGUUAGUGAUUGGUUAAAAGCCUUUUCAAUAGCAGGAUGUAAUAUUUGUAUUUAUCUUCAACCACUUGUCUAAAGAAUUAAACUUGGUUGUUUUAUAUUUCAAUCUGAUUUUCUUUUAUUACAAAAAGUAGAUUUAACUGUUGCCAGGGCAUGUUUGAAUGAUCUUUCAUUCACUGUUAAAUGAGAAAUUCUCAAUAAAAUAAUAGAUCUAGUUCUUUCAUAUCAUUGAUUCAAUUUGAUUCAACUCAGUUUGUCCAUUGUUUAACUCAGCUUCACUAUCAUAGGUCGUUUUGUUCAGACUUUUCUAAACAUGAAAAACCAAUUCCCUCUUUGUAUGGUUGUACAUACAUCUUGUUAAUACACAUUGAAUUAGGAGACAUUUUGUUUCUCUGAGCAUUGGCAAUUAACUCAUUAUCAUUUAAAAUGCUAAUAAAAAAUUAAAUA